ACUUCUAAUACGUUUUUUAUCAUGUCCACUACUACUAUUAGCGUUCGAGGAAAUUUAACCACACGCGACGAUAUCCCGUAUACCAAGUAUUUCGAACUUUGUUCGUACGAGAAUUGGUCUCUUCACCAUUACGUCUCCCUUAUACUUGAUAAUUAUAAGUUUGCGGAGAAAGAAACAGCACAUCUUUUAUUUUAUAAUACUCUGCUGUCUAUUAGUGAUAGUCUAUGUAUAUCGCAAGAAAUUCGGGAGACCGUUCAAAAACUCCUAAAAAAUAAAAAGAUACUUGUACCUAUUAGAAUGACUAGUAGGAACUAUGGAAGUAUUGAAAUGGAUGCGUUUGUUAGGAUGGCUAAUAAACAUCAUGGAACCGAUACAGAGAAGGUAAAUAGCUUAUGGAGGAAAGCUGGCAAAGCAAGGAAGAUGUCGCCACCACCAAUAGAUCCGGUUAUAACGAUCUCAUCUUCGAAAAAACAACGCAUAGUUCCCGAUAUAAGCCGUUUUUGCCCAGAUGCAGAAGUACCUUUGCAAGCCAACGGAUCAGUAGACGUUUUUGAAGUGGUGAAGUCUACUGUCCGCAUAUUCGACUCAAAAACAAUUGCCCUUGGAUCUUCUCGCUCCUAUAAGAGAUCGAAUCAUUUGCUAGUAGAUUCUAAACCGAAUGUAAAAGUUCCCCGGGAGAGUACCUACGAUGCUGAGAUGUAUAGAAUCCUAGUAAAUUGGCUUGUGAAGGUACAUGGAUUUGAAGUUACUGGCCAGUGGCAUCUCAAACAAGUUUGUGAGGAUGGUGAUUUCCAUCAUUUUUAUUGCGACCUGACAAUAAAGAAUGCCGAUGUCCCUAAUCCUGUAGCAGUAAUAGAAGUCCUAGCCAGUGGAUCCGUCCCUAAAAUAAAAAAACAUUUUGAUCAAGUUCUAAAGUAUGCCGACCAGCUUUGCCCUGAGGAAGUUUGGAUCGUGCAUUUCUCUAGGGAGGAUUCCGUUGUAUCUGACCCAUACUGGCCGAGCGAAAAGCUUCAGGAUAGGGGGUUAAAUGUCAUUCACUUCUGGCAUGAUGAAG